ACGAGAUAGCACGCGCCAUGUCUCGUGAGAGCAUUGACCAAGAGGAUGAGUUCCCAGAAAAGGGCAGCCCCUUGACAGUUCUAGUGGUUGGCAGAGAUGGCUCUGGUAAAAGCGCCACAGGGAACACGUUGCUCUGCAAUGACAGAGCAUUUGAGACCUCGGACACUAUGCGAUUUUCCAAUAUCUGCCAAAUGAAGCACGGGAAAGUGUCGGGUAGGAAAAUCCAAGUUUUUGACGUACCGAAUCUUCCAUCGAGGAAGGUCGGCAUUCACAAAGCAAGGACGGAGUUGCGGCGCUGCUUUCAGAUUGCCACAGGCGACGUGGAUGCCUUUCUGUGGACGAUCAGGUAUGGCCAUAGAUUUGACGAGCUUGAUGAAGAGUUCCUACAAGAUUGCGUCCUUUAUUUCGGUCCAAAAUUCUACGAUUUCGCCGUGCUCGUAGUCACCCAUGCCGAUUUACAAACGAAAAACAAUGACAGGUUGAGCACGCUGGGCAAACAUGUGAAGAACGCGGACGACUACAUUGAUGAACAACCUCUCCCUCUGUUCAGCGUUGUGAGAGACAAGUUCAACGGCAGAUUUAUUUUUAUCGAUAAUUACUCGGCAAGGGACGGAGCAUCAGAAAACGAAGCAGGGCGAUUGAUUCAAGUCUUGGAUAAAAUGCAAACGAAUUCUUUCGCUCAGUAUAGAGAGGAAGACUUUCUACUGGCUGCAGCGCCAAGCAAACUGGAGGUGGAAGAGUCAAGAGCGACAGAGGACGGACGGUCCGGGUGCACUUGGUGCUGCCUUCUGCUGCCGUUCUGGUGCAAGUGCGCGCACAGAAGGAAAGUUCAAGCAUGCUGCUUUGACUAA